UCCCCAUUGGCUUCUUCUCGCAAUGUCAAUACAUAUAUACCCCCUCCCCUUGAGGACAUUAAUCAAAAUUGAAUAAUCAAUAAAUACAGUAUAUAGCUACUAAUCAGUAUGAGCUGGUGCCCCGGUUUAUACGACGACAUAGGCGAGAAGGCCAGAGAUAUACUUUACAGGGGCUAUGCAAGACAGCCUGCCGUUCAUUUCCAGUACCGAUGCCUCGACGUGAAUGGUGACAUCUCCUUCCGAGUUGAUGAUAUCUUACCUGGGUUCGGGACAGUAUUCCGAGCCAUCGUGCCCUAUACUGGCAAAGCGGAGCUGCAAUACUUACACGACUACUUCGGGAUUACAGCGGGGAUUGGAUUGACAAAAAACUCUUUUAGAGGAUACAACCCGAUAUUAAGCUUCUCCGGCGUCAUUGGAACCUCUCUUUUGUCGCUUGGGACUGAUAUUGCAUUCAACGUGUUAGCAAGAAAAUUUGACAGAAUCAAUGCUGGUCUUGGAUUCAAUACUCCCUUCCUAGUUGCUUCCCUGACCAUAAAUGACAAGCUAGAUACUCUGAGAGCUAAUCUUAUGGCGAACCCGCUGACUAACAUGGCCAUUGCAGCAGAAGCUGCACACAGGUUUUCGGUUAAUGAGACAAGUGUUACUAUGGGCAUCCAGCAGGCAGUACUUCCAUUUACCUUUGUGAAGGCUCGAGUGAGCACUAGAGGCGUAUUCGGGGCUCUUGUUCAGCAGGGGUUCUGGCAGAAGCUUUACGUGACAGUUUCCGGAGAAGCAGACUUUGGAGCCGCUAAGUGGGGCCCGAAACUCGGGUUAUCCAUUGCGGUGAGACCAUAGAUGGAGCCUUGCGAGAGGUCGGACCUUCAAUUCACCGUAUCGGGAAGGUUUCAAGCUCAAAGAUGUAUGCUACUUCACAUGUGUUCUCUUUGCCCGGUCACUCAUUCUCCAACCUGAAUUGGAGGCAAACGCCAGGCAGAUUUGAGGGAUCGCAAUAAUAAUAUCAGUUAUAUAUGUGCAUGUGCGCACACACACAUAUAGACAGAUCUUCUAAUACAAGUAAAACUCUUGUUUGGGUUGCCA